AGUCAUCAAUUUGAUAUUUUUUUAAUUGUAAUUGUGAUUUAAUCGUUUCAUAUUACUAAAAUUUUCACCGAUUUAUUGUUUACAAACCAUCCUGGUUAAAAUGUUAUUAACCCAGCUUAGCGCGUGACCCCUCCAAAAGAAUCCCUAUAUUACUCGGUUCCCUCCAGUCAAAGAAAGGAAAUUUUACCCCGUCUCUUGAAUUGCCCAUUGCUGGCCCGGCGCCGCCAUUUCCCGUACGGCUCUCGCUAUCCUCAUCGUCGACGGCAGCAGCACUGCGUCACUGCCGCUGCCGGUUCCGACUCAGUUUCUCCUCCCCAGCAGCCCACUGCCUCGCGCCUCUUGAGUCUACUCCGCCCCUGCUGCUGAGGUAAAAAAAAACUCCAACUUCUGAUCUUGAAUUGAUUAUUGGGGCGUGUGUGAUCAAGGAUUCUGAUUUGUGAACCCUAGUUUAGUUAAAAGUGAAUUGCUUUGAUGUUAAUUAACAAUAUGUGCAUUUGAAAAAAAUGUAGGUCUCAGUUCGACAAUGGAGAAACAUUUCAGUAAAAAGGUCACUAGUGAAUCAAGAGCAAGUAGUAAACAUGAUCAUAGUUCAACCCAGUGCCUGCCUAAUCAAACUGGGGGAUGUGAGAUUGAUGUAAACUCUUUGGAAGAUGGUUUUGGUGAUACUAGUGAGAUGGAUCUUGGUGCUGGUUUGAUAUCUUCGACUGGGAAAGACGAGCUGGAUGUUCAUAUUCGUGCUUCUAGUCCUAUUAGUAGUGUGUUCAAUGUAGAACGUGAGGAUUUGAUGAAGCAGUCGGAAAAUGUUGAACUUGUCAGGAGUGAAAUAUCAGAUCAGACGAAGAGAGAUUAUAGGGCUGGGUUGGAGACUGCAAUCGAUUGCAUGAAACUUAUGAUACGCCAAGGAUGGAUAUUUCAUGAACCAGAUGAGUUUUCGAGCAAGGACGGUCUGUUUAUUGAGCUUCUGAAAUUCACUGCUUCUUUUUCUGGUAGAGAAGAUUUGGAAAGCAUCGUGUCGGGUCAUCCUCCGAAAAUUCUUCAAAUUACUUCUCCGGAUUUAGAAAAAGACAUUGUUCGUGCAAUAGUGGCUGAGAUAACCCUGGAUAUAAUUGGACAUCUUGGAGAUGAUUUUUUUGCCAUUUUCGUGGAUGAGGCUUUUGAUGUGGAGGGAGAAGAGCAUAUGGCUAUUGUUGUACGAUAUGUGGAUCAAGAAGGAUCUGUUGAGGAGCGUCUUCUCGGUAUUUCUCGUGUUCCGGAUUCUAAAGCUUUGGCAUUUAAAAUGGCAAUCGAGUCGAUGCUUGUACAACAUGGGUUGAGCAUGUCAAGGAUAAGGGGGCUAAGCUAUAAUGGAGCUAGCAACGUGAAUGGAGAAAUCAGCGGUCUAAAAAGAUUGGUGUUUGCAGAAAAUCCAUCUGCUUAUUAUGUUCAUUGUUCUACCCAUCAACUUGACUCAACGGUGGUUGCUACUGCUAAACAUCACGUUGAUGUUUAUAUUUUCUUUAUAACUGUCACUCGCUUGAUUAAUUUAGUGGAAGCAUAUUGUCAAGGAAGUAACAACAGUCAAUAUGCCAAGCUUGCAAAGGCUUUAUUUCACGAUGAGCCAAAGAUUGGACGAGGGUCGAAUCACGAACUUGGUCACGUAAAGGCUAGUAAUACUUAUUGGCAGUCACACUUCAAGAAACUUGUUGUCUUAGAUGUGAUGUUCUCGGACGUGAUUAAUGUGUUGGAGGCCAUUGAAGAUGAGAAACGUUACGGAGUAAGCGGUGAAGCAUUUACUCUGUUGAGAUUACUUGAAAAUUUUGAGUUCGUCUUCUUUUUGAAAAUGAUGAUUAGAGUAUUAUCGAUCACAAAUGCAUUGUCUAAUGCAUUAGAAAUGAAAGAUCAGCAGAUACUAAAUGCCAUGCAACUUGUUGAUGUGGCGAGGUAUCAAUUACAAGAGGCGAGGGAGAAAGGAUGGGAGUCUUUUCUUGGUGAAGUGUUAUCUUUCUGCGAGAAGCAAUGUCUUGAUCUUCCUAAUAUGGAAGAUCUUCGUCCCAAGAGGUUUAAGGCUCCACAAAUCACUAAUUUGCAUUACUACCAAGUUGAGUUGUUUUAUAGCGUUCUGGAUCUGCAACUGGAAGUGUUUAAUAGUACGUUCGAUGGGGUGACUACAGGAUUGUUGAACUGUGUUGCUUGCUUAGUUCCAGAUGAUUCCUUCAAAGGCUUCAACAAGCAAAUGGUGGCGAAGCUUGCUACAUAUUAUCCUAAUGAGUUCUCUGACGCGGACAUCAUAUCUCUGGACAGUCAAUUGGAUGCUUAUAUACAAGAUUUGCAGCUUGAUGCUAGAUUCAGUAACUUGAAAGGAAUUGAGGAGCUUUCUCGAAAAAUGGUGAUGACAAAGAAGCAUACUAUGUACCCGCUAGUUUACUUACUUGUGAAACUAGCUUUGAUCUUACCAGUAGUAGCAACAAGGGCAGGUGCUGAAAAAACUUUCACUGAGAUGAUAUUCAUGAAGGAGGAGCUUCAAAAUCGAAUUGGCGAUGAGUCGAUGAAUGACUAUCUGAUGGCAUAUAUAGAGAGAGAUGCAGUUCGACAUUUUGAUAAGGGAUGUAUUUUAGAAUAUUUGUAGAACAGUUUCAUCUAUCAAUUAGAUGCUAUUUUGUGUAGAACAGUUUCAUCUAUUUUGUGUAGAACAGUUUCAUCUAUCAACUAGAUGCUAUUUUGGGUUGGAAUUUACUUUAUACAUAUUUCGCAAUUGAUCUCAUUUGCAUUAAAAACCAUUGUGUUUGUUCUGGAGGCUAAGACUUGUUCUGCUUACAGCUGCCCUGACUCUUAACCAGCACAUUAGAAUGAAGAUGAUAUGGAAAAUUUGUUAUGUUCCACUCCAUGAAAAGUUCAUCUAUGAGUUCUCUGGCAUUCCCUCGAAAUCUACAACAGUUUCGCAGAUUUAAACUUGGGUUUUGCUUCUGCAGUACAAUCUAAAGGUCACAAGACUCGUAACAAGAUGCUGGCUCUUGUUCUCGCGUUAUCUGAUUGUAGAGAAAGAAUGCCAAUUUAGCUUGAAAUGGUCUUGCAGGAGAUUUGUGUUGAGCAUGAUGUAGAUUUGUCAAUUUAUAUGUACCAGAAUCAAGCAGAGAUCAGUAAGGCAAGUAGUUAAUUAACCUUCUGAUCUCUUUUUCCAGGUCACUAUGAUAAGCUACUUCAGAACCUCUGCAUCUUUUCCUCCUCUCUUCCAUACAUUCCCCGACAAAAUACCAAGUUGCGCAUUUCCUAUCUGGAAAAUCAAACUGAAUCUGAAACUAAAGAUGGGUUGUCAGUCAAGUUCAGGGAGCCAUCCUCAAAGUUGUUUCUCAUUUCUGCUAGUUUGCACCCAUCCACAGAGAGAGUAUGAACUAAGAUGUCUGCCAGCUUCAUUUCUCCUUUCGUCUCACAUCACACGUAGCUCCAUUCGAGGUGACCUCAAUGCUUGUCCUAGCCGCCGAAUUUCGGCGCAUGUAAUACGAAUUCCUCCACCUGAGACCGAAGUUUUUUAUGAUCAAAAGUUGGCAAUACAAUUGUUGGUUGCAAGUUGCAACCACAAGUCUCACAACACAUGCUCAACCGCCAACAGGAGACUCAGAGACCAAGCCAGAUUUCCGUCAAAAACUACAAAAGAUUUCGUGGACGGCAGGAUUCGAACCUGCGCGGGCAAAGCCCACAUGAUUUCUAGUCAUGCCCGAUAACCACUCCGGCACGUCCACGAUUAUUGAUUAUUUUUACAAAUUCUAAUAUUACUUAAUUGAUAGCAUCUUGACAAAGCUAGUCAUGAUCUUCGUCAAAAUCCCGUGCCCUCUCACCUAGAUGAUAUCCAUCGUCCAUUCGCCCCUCAAGUGGGUUUAAUUUACAUUAUUUUCUCAUCCUUGUAUGGUUUGUUUCGAACAAUUGUAGGAAACAAUUCAGUCAAAAGCGCGAUUCUACCUAGAAGCGGAAAAGGGGUAAACUCGUGAAGCGUAGAAUCAAAGCGUAAAAGCGUA